GCGACGCUGGAGGGUUUGUCAUUGAGGGGAGCGUGGGAACCUGGGCUAGAGUGAAGAUAAGCCGGCUCCUCACUGACCGCAGGACACACACACACACGCACAGGGCGGAGAGGCAGCACCCCCCCUACCCCUUGCAACACCUCAGCUCACCUCGGUCAUUCCACCUCCAUCCUCGCGUCAUCCCAGAGGGGCUUACUUGCAAAGUUUGCCCUCUCUCUUACUCUUUUUUCAUUUUUAAAAAAAAAUUUAUUUAAUUUUUCUUUGCAAAACUGUGAAGCGAUCAGAGCCCUCCCCAAUGGAUCAACCCAGCGAUGAAGAUAAUUCGUCGCAGAAGAGCUCCGAAACCCUGCUCGACCCUCCCCAAGAAAACGUCAAAGCCAUCGGCGUGUUGACCAGCGGAGGGGAUGCACAAGGUAUGAAUGCAGCUGUCCGCGCUGUGGUGCGUAUGGGAAUUUACGUUGGAACCAAAGUCUAUUUCAUCCACGAGGGUUACCAGGGGAUGGUUGAUGGCGGAGAUCAUAUAGUGGAAGCAAAAUGGGAAAACGUCUCCAGUAUCUUACAAAUGGGGGGGACUGUCAUUGGGAGCGCACGUUGCAAGGAGUUCCGGACCCACGAGGGUCGACUCAGGGCCGCCUACAACCUGGUGAAGUGCGGGAUAACAAACCUCUGCGUGAUCGGUGGAGAUGGCAGUUUAACUGGAGCCAAUCAAUUUCGUGAGGAUUGGCAAGGACUACUGAAGGAGCUCACGGACGAUGGUAAAAUUGACGAGGAAACAGCUGACAAGUACAGCCACUUAAAUAUCGUGGGCAUGGUAGGCUCCAUCGACAACGAUUUCUGUGGGACAGAUAUGACCAUAGGCACUGACUCGGCACUGCAUCGUAUCAUUGAAGUGGUGGAUGCCAUCAUGACCACAGCCCAGAGCCACCAGAGGACGUUUGUGCUGGAAGUGAUGGGUCGCCAUUGUGGCUACCUUGCUCUGGUGAGCGCUUUGGCCUGUGGUGCAGACUGGGUGUUCCUACCUGAAAAACCUCCAGCUGACGGAUGGGAGGAUCACUUGUGCCGGAAACUCUCCAAGAACCGUGCAGGAAAGAAAAGAUUGAAUAUCAUAAUUAUAUCGGAAGGGGCAAUAGAUUGUCACAACAAUCCUAUAACUUCUGACAUGAUUAAGGAUCUUGUGGUCAAGCGGUUGGGUUAUGACACGCGGGUGACCAUUCUGGGUCACGUUCAACGUGGGGGCACGCCGUCUGCAUUCGACCGAAUCCUGGGCAGCAGAAUGGGAAUAGAGGCCGUGCUUGCCUUGCUGGAAGCGUCACCCGAAACCCCGGCCUGCGUUGUGUCGCUGUCUGGGAACCAGGCCGUCCGACUUCCCUUAAUGGAGUGCGUACAGAUGACAAUUGGAGUUCAGAAGGCGAUGGAUGAAAAGAGGUUUGAUGACGCGGUGAAGUUGCGGGGCAGGAGUUUUGAAAACAAUUUAAAUGUUUACAAGGCAUUGUCACAUAUGAAAAUCUCAGCACUUCCUCCUCCUACCCCAUUCAGUGUGGCCGUCCUCAAUGUGGGUGCUCCAGCAGCUGGUAUGAAUGCGGCUGUUCGAUCUGCAGUGAGACUUGGCAUCUCUGAAGGUCACAAAAUGUUAGCAGUCACCGAUGGGUUUGAUGGCUUUAUGAAUGGGCAGAUCAAAGAAAUUAAAUGGGGCGAUGUUGGGGGAUGGACGGGCCAAGGUGGUUCCCUCUUGGGUACCAAACGCACCCUUCCUGUUAACAACCUGAAGGCUAUCGCUGAACAGAUACGCCUACAUAAAAUCAGUGCUCUUUUGCUGAUUGGCGGAUUUGAGGCCUACCUGGGACUUUUGGAACUGUUGGCUGGGCGAGCCAAAUAUGAUGAGUUCUGCAUUCCCAUGGUAAUGGUACCUGCCACUGUCUCCAACAAUGUGCCUGGCUCAGACUUCAGCGUUGGUGCAGACACUGCCCUGAAUGCUAUCGCCGACGCGUACGAAGCAGUGCUGGAAUUAUAUGCUGCCCGAGCUUCUUAUGCGGAGUUUUGCAUCCCCAUUUGCAUUUUGCCUGCUACCAUUAGUAACAAUCUGCCAGGUAGUGAAUAUAGUAUUGGUGCUGACACUGCUAUCAAUAUGAUCGUGGAGACUUGUGACCGCAUCAAGCAAUCAGCGAGUGGAACCAAGCGGCGUGUCUUCAUUAUCGAGACGAUGGGAGGUUACUGCGGCUACCUGGCGAGCAUGAGUGGCCUCUCCGCUGGUGCUGACAUCUCGUACAUCUUCGAGGAGAAGUUCGACAUCCAAGAAUUACAGGCUAAUGUGCGACAUUUGACAGCGAAGAUGAAAACAUCUGUCCAACGUGGUCUGGUACUCAGAAAUGAGCACUGCAGUGAAAAUUACACAACGGACUUCAUCUACCAGUUGUACAGCGAAGAAGGCAAGGGUAUCUUUGACUGCCGGAAAAAUGUCCUGGGCCACAUGCAGCAGGGUGGAUCCCCUUCACCUUUUGAUAGAAACUUUGGAACAAAGAUAGCUGCCAAAGCCAUGCAAUGGAUCUCAGACAAAGUAAAUUUAUACUACAGACAAGGGAGAGUGUUUGCAAAUUCCCAGGAUUCUGCUUGCCUACUGGGAAUGCGUAGGCGUACCUUGGUGUUCCAGCCUGUAUCAGAACUGAGAGAUAUAACUGAUUUUAAGCAUCGGAUUCCAAAGGAGCAGUGGUGGAUGGACCUUCGGCCACUGAUGAAGAUAUUGGCCAAAUACAAUGUUGACUUCGACAUGCCCAUUGCUGGAAAGAUUGAGCACCUUAGGCAAAACGGAACAUUUGAAAGCCGUAACACCAUUGCUAUUUAAAAAGUCAGCUGUACGAAAGUGGUUACACAAUGCCCCAGCUUGUUUGAUCAACAGCAUUUAUGUUGCCUCGCAGAGGAUAAAAGCAGCUUCUAAUUUGCUCUGUAAGUUAGGUAUGUUGUACUGUUACUUUUUAUGGAAAUAAAAGCAGGCAUCCUGUUCCCUUCAUUACACAUUCACUCAGGCUAUAACCCAGCCACUGGUACAAAGUGGAAGAAUUGGUUUGUCAACAUUGCCAAUGGAAAAAAAGUUACACUUGUCGUACAUUUUAAUCGCUUCUCAUUGCACUGUUCACAAAUAUUUAUUGUGUGGAUCACCUUCGUGAAAGAGAAUAGUUUUAAUGUGAAAAAUCUAAAAAGCAUAUUUAUGAGAUAAAUGUAAUUCAUGUAUUGUAGUGAAGUGGAAGAUGUUGUUUUAUUUUCCAGCUUCAAAUAAAACUGCUCUGGCUGGUCCUGCACAGA